AGAGUCCAUUGCUGUCGCCUCAUGGCAACACUGAGAUCGCUGCUGCUGGCUGCGCUGCUGUGGGUCCCUGCCGAAGCCCUGAGCUGCUAUGGGGACUCCGGGCAGCCUGUGGAUUGGUGAGUUCGUGGUAUACAAGCUGCCGGCUCACAGCGGGUCUAGGGAUACUCCAAAGGGACUGACGUAUAAAUACAUGGACCAGAACUCCGACGGUUGGCAAGACGGUGUAGGGUACAUCAACAGCUCGGAGGGAGCCGUGGGCCGCAGCUUGCAGCCAUUGUACCGAAAGAACUCCAGCCAGCUGGCCUUUCUACUCUACAACGACCAACCUCCUAAAUCCAGCUCAGCUCGGGACUCUACCGGCCAUGGGCAUACGAAGGGUGUCCUGCUCCUGGACCAAGAAGGGGGCUUCUGGCUGGUCCACAGUGUGCCUCGCUUCCCACCCCCUGCGUCCUCUGGUGCAUACACCUGGCCUCCUAAUGCUCAAACCUUCGGCCAGACCCUACUCUGUGUGUCCCUCCCGUUCACUCAGUUUGCAAGGAUUGGCAAGCAGCUAACCUACACCUAUCCCCUUGUCUAUGACCACAAGCUGGAAGGCUUCUUCGCUCAGAAAUUACCUGACCUAGAGACGGUGAUCAAGAACCAACAUGUCCUCCAUGAGCCCUGGAAUAGCAGUGUAAUACUCACUUCCCAAGCUGGGGCCACCUUCCAGAGCUUUGCCAAAUUUGGAAAAUUUGGAGAUGACCUGUACUCCGGAUGGUUGGCAGAAGCCCUUGGCACCAACCUACAGGUCCAGUUCUGGCAAAAUUCUCCAGGCAUCCUGCCCUCCAACUGCUCUGGAGCCUAUCAGGUUCUGGAUGUGACACAGACAGGAUUCCCUGGCCCAUCUAGACUAACUUUCAGUGCCACAGAGGACCACUCCAAAUGGUGUGUGGCCCCUCAAGGGCCCUGGGCCUGUGUGGGUGACAUGAAUAGGAACAAAGCAGAGACACACCGAGGUGGCGGCACAGUAUGCACCCAACUGCCUUCCUUUUGGAAGGCCUUCCAGUCCCUGGUGAAAGACUGGAAACCCUGUAUAGAGGGGAGCUGACUGAAGCCCAUCGGAGCAAAGGACUAAGACUCCGCAGUCUAACCAGGUGGGGGCCGGACUAGCCUUUACCCCAGCACUUGGGAGGCAGAGGCAGGUGGAUCGAUUCUCUCUCUCUCUCUGGUUUUUCGAGACAGGGUUUCUCUGUGUAGCCUUGGCUGUCCUGGAACUCACUCUGUAGACCAGGCUGGCCUCGAACUCAGAAAUCUGCUUGCCUCUGCCUCUGUCUCUUUCUCCCAAGUGCUGGGAUUAAAGGCAUGCGCCACCACUGCCCGGCUCAGGUGGAUCUCUUGAGUUCCAGGCCAGCCUGGUCUACAGAGAGUUCCAGGAGAGCCAGGGCAACACAGAGAACCCUUGUCUCAAAGAAAAGAAGAAGAAGAAAAAAAAAGAAAAACAAGAAAAAGAGAAAAGAAAGAAAGAAAGAAAAGACUCAGAGACUAGUUUUGACUUGAAUUUGUUUGUGUGUCUGUUGGUGGGUUAAACCCAGGGCUUACCACAUGGGACACAAGUACAGUGCUGCUGAGCCACACUCCCUGUCCCAGCUAUGAAUCUGAAUACCAGUUCAGUCCCUUCCUAACUGGAGACCUUAACAGUGCCUUAACCUCUAGCUGUCUGUUGCAAAAUGGGCAUCACAGCAUGUCUCUAAGAGGUUGUUAAUACAACCAACUCUGUGC